UUAAGCAUAAAAGUACAUAUAUAAUAUAUCUCUCUCUAAAGAGAGGAAAAAAGUUAAAGUGCUUCAUCCUGCUAUCUACCAGCCAAACACCACGAGUCGAGUUUUUCUUCGCCUGCUCACCUGUCUCUACAUCAAAUGAUUAGUCUGAGUACUUCAUUAUGAUGAUCUUCAUACUUUUGAGUCUUCUAGCUGGUGUGCUUGGGCAAAUCUCCCCAAAUUUGAGCUUCAGUCCCGAGGACAUCGAACGAGGAUUUCGCGCACUUGACUCUAACAUCGAUGGCAGUUUGGAACCAAAUGAAGUUUUUGUGUUAUACGACAGCAUCGACAUUGAUGGAGAUGGAUUUGUGAGCAUGGAGGAGUUUACCCGUUUUCUACCGUCUGGAUAUCCCCCAAAAGAAGUCCAAGGAAUGUUCAAGUACUGUGACAAGCUGGACGGCACGAACGAUGACAGGAUUGGUAGGACAAAUAUCAACAGCUUAUUUGAGAUCUUGGACACUGAUGACAGCGGGGAAGUCUCACUUGCAGAAUUUCUAAAGAACAUGCCACUGAUUGUGAGCGGCAUGUUAGAAGAGGUACAGCCAUAAGGGUGGUGUGUUCAUGAAGCUGAUACCUGAAAGAAAAGAAAAAAUAAAAUAUUUGAAAUGCA